UCGAUUAAAAUUUAAAAAAGAUGCAAUAAAAAAUAAUAAAUAGGGUAAAACAAAGUAAUUUUUUUUAUAGAAAUUUGACCGAUUUUUAUGGUCGAAUGAACUUAUAUAAUUUAUAUUACUAAUAAGACCACGAUUUGAAAAUUAUAUUAAAUAACACAAACAAAUAAUAGUUUUAAUUUGGUAGUUAUCUUUUUAUGAUUUGAAAUUAAAAUUAAAUAAUGUUGGUUACUAAAAUAGUAUCCAUGGUCUGUGGACAAACUAAAUAGAAGAAAAAAAAGCAAUCGAAAUGAAAAUCGAAAGCCUCCUAAGAUUAUUUUUUAAACUAACUCUAUAUUGUUUUCUUUUAAAUGACAAGAGCAAUUGAUAACUUUCAAAUGGAAGACAAUCAAAACCUUCUGACGAACAUUUUAAAGAAGCGGUACGCAAAUGUACCAGAAAAAUUACAACAAAUUAAUUCCCUUGUAUCGGAAUACACUAAAGGCAACGGGACCAAAAUGGAUUACGAAAAGAUUUUGAAUGCCUUGCAUGGAAUGAUUGCAAAUGAUGUACCACAAAAUAUUUUGCUAUAUUUCUUAACGACAAUUCCGUUACCAAAUGAAAAUAUUGGUAAAUGUGACUCUGAGUCUGAUCUUUUUAAUCUUAUGCAGAAAUCGCGAAUUACAUUGCCCGAGAGUAUUAAUAAUUCUUUGCGAAAAUAUUUUAAUGAGUUAACCAAUAAUGCAAUAAGGACCAAUGAUACGAACAAAGAAGUAAACAACGAAAAAGAAAGUGCCAUUGUCAAAACAAAUAAUAAAAGAGAUACAAGUGAUAAUAAUGAAGAUGAUGUAUUCGUUAAACCAAAAAGAAAAUCAAAAGUAUCAAGAAAAAUUAAUAAUAGCUGUUACGACUAUAAUCUGGAAGACUGCAAGUCCUUAUUAGACAUAAGUGCACAAUACGUGGUGACAAACUUUAGUGCAUUGCAUCAAUUUUAUAAACGCAAAAACGAGAUGGUUUGGAAUAUUCUGCAUACAAACCCACGCCAUGAAGUCGCACAGGUUUGUUUUGCAGUUUUGAAGGAUUUAAAUAAAAAGCGAAAGUGGUUGAGAAUGAUUGAUUCCAAUAACGUAUCAGUAGAAUCUUUAAGGGACGAAUUUAAAGGAGGCUUUUCGUUGAUAAAAAAACUUCAAAAACCUGAGUUGGAAUCGAGAAUGAACUCUUUCGAAGUUACAGAUGAGUUAAAAGAUGCGGUGAUUAAAUAUAUCAGUUCCUAAAUAAAAAAUUAAUUAAUAUUGUACGAGUUGAUUUAAGAUGUUUUAAUAAAUAUUGAACAGCCCUUAUAUGUUGACCGAGUCUGCGUGUUAAUAAACACUUCCAUAUUA